CUUAUCACAGCACGAGGUUGCUAUGGCGAUGUGUUUCACAAUAUCUUUGAUGUUUCUGCUCAUGACUGCUGAUGUUGAUGGUCAGUGGGAUUGGGGAGUGAAUUACAAUCCUUCAUAUGUUUGUGCAUUAAGAGGCUCAACAGUGAGAAUGUCCUGUUUUUAUCCUCCUGAUUAUUGGACCACAGCCUACUGGAGCAAAGAAACAUAUGUACCUGGUGUAGCACCACCAAACCUGUGUUCUGACACAUAUUACAGCGGAAGGGCUCAAUGUCUCACUAACAGCAUCAGUUUGACACAUGUGACAGAAGCUGAUGAAGACAUCUACUACUGUGGAUACAAUGGAGGAUGGUCAGGAUAUUCUAGAUUUCAGCUUAGUGUCACAGACCUCCAGGUGGAGACACAACAGAGAGUGAAAGAGGGAGAUUCAGUCACUCUUACAUGUAAAACCACCUGCAGACUGACUGAAGAAACAACAUUCAUCUGGUCCAGAAACACACAGAUAUUAACUGAACACACAGUGAAUGAGAUUCACCUGCAGUCAGUCAGUCGUCAUGAUUCAGGACUCUAUAAAUGUGCUGCUGGAAGAAGAUCUGGACGUCUUUAUUCUCCUGAUGUUCAUCUUGAUGUAAGAUAUGCACCAAGAAAUGUUGUGGCGUCCAUCAGUUCUUCUGGUGUAAUAGUGGAGGGUGAUUCAGUGACUCUGACCUGCAGCAGUGACUCAAAUCCACCUGUUCAACAGUACAACUGGUUUAAGGGAGAAACGUCUGUAGGAUCUAGAAAAAUCUACAGCAUCACAAACAUCAGAUCAGAUCAAAGUGGAGAAUACAAGUGCAAGACUAGAAAUAAACAUGGAGAGAAAUAUUCAGAAGCUGUGAUGCUGAAUGUGAUGUAUGCACCAAGAAAUGUUGUGGCAUCCAUCAGUUCUUCUGGUGUAAUAGUGGAGGGUGAUUCAGUGACUCUGACCUGCAGCAGUGAAUCAAAUCCACCUGUUCAACAGUACAGCUGGUUUGAGGGAGAAACGUCUGUAGGAUCUGGAAACAUCUUUAAGAUCACAAGUGUCCGAUCAGAUCAGAAUGGAGAAUACAAGUGCAAGGCCAACAAUAAUCUUGGAGAGAAAUAUUCAAAAGCUGUCACGCUGAAUGUGAUGUAUGCACCAAGAAAUGUUGUGGCAUCCAUCAGUUCUUCUGGUGUAAUAGUGGAGGGUGAUUCAGUGACUCUGACCUGCAGCAGUGAAUCAAAUCCACCUGUUCAACAGUACAGCUGGUUUGAGGGAGAAACGUCUGUAGGAUCUGGAAACAUCUUUAAGAUCACAAGUGUCCGAUCAGAUCAGAAUGGAGAAUACAAGUGCAAGGCCAACAAUAAUCUUGGAGAGAAAUAUUCAAAAGCUGUCACGCUGAAUGUGAUGUAUGCACCAAGAAAUGUCUCAGCGUCCAUCAGUUCUUCUGGUGUAAUAGUGGAGGGUGAUUCAGUGACUCUGACCUGCAGCAGUGAAUCAAAUCCACCUGUUCACAUCUACAGCUGGUUUAAAGAGAAUCAAACAUCAUCUGUUGGAUCUGGACAGACGUUCAGCAUCACUAACAUUAAUUCACGUCUCAGUGGAUGGUUUUACUGUGUGGCUCAGAAUAAACAUGGAUCUCAGAGAUCAGCUGCUGUAUCACUCACUGUUAAAGGUGUUCGGGGUUCUUCUCUGUACACAGUUUUUGGGAUUGUGGCAGGAUGUGUAGGAUUCUUCAUCAUCAUCAUCAUCAUCAUCAUUCUGAUUAUUAAGAAGAGGAGGACUGAUAGUAGAGCAGAAUACGUCAAUCAAACACAGACGGCUGACUCGAGUGAUGAUAGAUACACAGCUCUGAAGCCUGCGUCCAGAACAUCUGCAGACAUUUACAGCACGAUCAGAUCGGAUCAGUGCAGGGCGGAUGAUGGCGUCUACAUGAAUCUUCAGUCCAGAUCUUCUGAAUAUGACACACUUAAAGCCAUUGCACAUUAAGUCCGAAAUUUGCGCACGUUAAAAAAUAAAUACGACCUCACGUUGUGUCAAUCACAUUUACACACUGCCUCCGAUAUUUGUUGACAAUCCAAUGACACCGUACAAAUGAGCGCCAAAUAUGAAAAAACGCAUACGAAAAUUUCGGGCUUUAUGUGCAAAGACCUUUACAGUAAACACACAUUAAACUCUCUCUCUCUUACAGAGAGAACUCUGGUCUGACUGGAAUGAUGUUAUUUUUGUAUUCAUUAUUAAUAGUUAUCAUCAAGUGAUCAAUACUUUUCUAUUAUUUAGUCAUUAA